AUGGAACAACUUCACAGAACGGCACGAGAAGACGAAGCCGUAGAACAACAGCAAGUAAUUUGGAGCUGGGGCGCCGGCACCGAAGGGCAGCUUGCGACGGGUAGCCUUCGAGAUGAGCACAGCCCGCAGCUCCUCCGUUCUCUAUCCACCCUUGGGCCGCCAAUCAUUUCUCUCUCCUGCGGCGGCGCCCACGUCAUCGCCGUGUCCGCCGGUGGAAGAGUGGUGACGUGGGGAAGGGGCACUUCUGGUCAGUUGGGCCAUGGGGAAACCAUUAACUCUUUGGAACCAAAAAUCGUCGAAUCUUUUGCUGGUUUUGUUAUCACUAACGUUUCUGCUGGCUGGAAUCAUUCUGGGUUCGUCUCAGAAGAUGGAGCCAUUUUCACCUGUGGUGAUGGUUCUUUUGGUCAACUUGGCCAUGGUGAUUAUAAAUCUCAAUGUUCUCCUCAAAAAGUCUUGUAUUUUGGCUCUAAGAACGCCUUGCAAGUUGCUUGCGGAAUGCGCCAUUCAUUAGUGUUAAUCAGAGGUAAUGUGGAAAAUCAGGUGUAUGGAUUUGGGUCCGGAAAGCGCGGACAACUGGGUAUUUCUAGAGACAAAGUCAAAUUGAUUACUGUACCUCAGAUAACCAUGGGCUUGACAAAUAUUAGAAUCAUCAGUGUUAGUGCAAAUGGCGAUCACAGUGCAGCAUUAUCAGAUGAUGGAAGUCUAUAUACAUGGGGAAGAGGAUUUGGUUGUGCUUCAGAUGCGUGCGUUCCUAGCCGUUUAGAUACUAAGUUUUCAAUCGACAAGGUUGCUUUAGGAUGGAACCAUGCUUUAUUGUUAACAAGAGAAAUGGAGCUAUUCAUGCUUGGCGGUAAUCGUCAUGGUGCGCUUACUGACUUACAAAAAACAUCCUUAUCGGAUAAUGUACCUGGAAAAUCUAAAGAAGGGGUUGUGAAGAUAAUUCCAGAUCAGCAUGUGGAUUCAAAAAUACUAAAUAUUGCUGCAGGGGCAGAACACUCGGCUUUAGUAACAGAAAAUGGAUCAAUAAUGACAUGGGGUUGGGGAGAACACGGUCAGCUUGGCCUGGGGAAUUCAAAUGACCAAACUGCCCCUCAGGUGGUAAGCUUAGGCAGUAAAUAUGACGACAAUCAUGCUAUUUCCAAUGUGUAUUGUGGCAGUGGGUUCACAUUCGUUUUGAGGGCGUACAAUGAUAAUAAGAUGACGGAAAAUUGA